GCUGCUGCAGCCAGGCGCAGGCUGUGGGGGGAGAUAGCUGCAGGGAGCAGUAAACGUAGGAGGCAGCAAGUCAGAAAAGGGCAAAAGGAGAGACACACCUGUCACCAUGGAUGUGGACUGGGUGGAAUCCAUGAACGGACUGAGAACAGUAACCACCAAGAACCUGGAUACCUGGAUUAUGAACACCCUGCAGCCCAGCACAGCUUUCACCACGCAGGUGAAGAAGACAGUGAGGGAUAUCUGUGAAUUCCUGAAGAGGGAGUGCUUUGAGGAUGGAAUCGACGUCCAAAAGACCGUCAAGGGCGGGUCAGCAGGAAAGGGCACAGCUCUGAAGAACAAAUCUGAUGCUGAUGUGGUGCUCUUCGUCAGCCGCUUAUCCAGCUACCAGAAGCAGAAGGAGAACAGAAAGGAGAUCCUGGAUUUGAUCAUGAAAAGCCUGAAGGCCUGCAAGGAGAGCUCGCAGUUCACUGUGUCCAUCAGUGAACCCAAGUACAAGGGUCCUGACAGCAUGCCACGCUCGCUCAGCCUUACUCUGUUCUCUAAGAUGACUGGAGAAUCUAUUGAUGUGGACAUCCUGCCUGCCUAUGAUGCUUUGGGGCAGGUGACCCAGGAUGCCCCACCAAAUGCAGAAGUGUACGUGGAGCUCCUGCAUGCCUGCAUCCACCCUGGGGAUUUUUCCCCCUGCUUCACUGAGCUGCAGAAGAAGUUUGUGAGGCGUUGCCCUGCCAAGCUGAAGAACCUUGUGCGCCUGGUCAAGUACUGGUACAAGGAGGAGCUGAGUCCACAGUACCCCAAUGCAAACCUGCCCCCUAAGUAUGCCCUGGAGCUGCUGACCAUCUAUGCCUGGGAGGAGGGCACAAGCUCCCGCGACUCCUUUGACACGGCUCAGGGCUUCCGCACAGUGCUGGAACUGCUGCGCCGGCACAGCGAGAUCUGCAUCUACUGGGAGAAGUACUACUCACUCCAGCACGGAGAGAUUGGUGCCCAUGUCAAGAAGUUGCUGUGCAGGCCCCGCCCUGUCAUCCUGGACCCUGCUGACCCCACGGGGAUCCUGGGCCAAGACAAGAACUGGAACUUGAUGGCACAGGCAGCUGCCAGCUGCUGCCUCUCACUGCCCUGCCUUGAAAAUGUCCAGCCCUGGGAUGUGCAGCCAGCCCGGCCCGUGACCAUAGAGGUGAUGCAGCUGUCAGGCACCAAAAUGACAAUGCGUGUCAGCCCCUACACCACCAUCGGGCAGCUGAAGGAGAAGAUCCAUCAGAACUGGGGCAUCUCACCAUACAGGCAGCGCCUGGCACACCAGGAGUGUGCUUCAGGCAGAAGCAACGUCACCCUAGAGGACUGCGAUACCCUGGCCAAGCAUGGCAUCUUCUACAACACCACGCUGGUGCUGCUGCAGACUGAGCCCCAGAAGAUGCAGGUCUUGGUCAAGGAUGAUAAGAAUCGGACCACUACCUACACAGUGCUGCCCACUGACACCGUCCGACAGCUGAAGGAGCAGAUCCAGGCCCGGCAGGGGCCUUCUGCCAAUGAGCAGCGCCUGACCUAUGGCUCCAGGGAGCUGGAGGACUGGCACACCCUGGCACACUAUGACGUCAAGCCCAUGAGUACAAUCUAUAUGCUCCUGCGGCUCCGCGGGGGUGCAGCCCCCCAGCUCCCCUAGUUCCCUGCCUGCUUCCCCUCCAGAGCAUUGCCCUCAGCACCAGCCCAUGCCCCUGUGUACCCUCCUGUCAUGCUGGAAAUAAAUAUUUAGUAAAUCCU